AUGAAUUUUAUGCCUAACGGAGUUAGAAGCUCACCAUUGAAGAUCCAUUUGGCACUUCCUUUAUGUGUCUGUUUGUAUCCGAUACACCUGAAGCUACAACUGAGCUAUUUCAAGGAGGUGGCGAAGCGGCUGAGGCAACAGCUCGGCGAUGAGGAUGGGCAAAAGUUGCGGUCGAAUGCGGUCUACUUGUUCAGCAUGGGAGGCAACGACUACAUGGUCCUCAAAACCGACCCCAAAUUAUCUGUCCUCACUGCUGCUUACAAGAUGACAUUCAUGACAAUGGUGGUGGGCAAUUUCACCACUGUGAUUAAAGUAGGGUGCUCCGACUCUGCUAUACCAAGUUCUCUUAAAGGAGGGAGGAAGUUUGCUUUCCAGAAAGUCGGGCCGAUCGGGUGCAUGCUUGCCACCCAAGCAUCCUCGGGGAUCGACGGCUGCCUUCACGACCCGUCCGUGCUAGCAAAGAUGCACAACAUCGCUCUGUCAAGGCUGCUGAGGAAGCUGGCCUAUCAGCACGCCGGAUUCUCGCACGCGCUCUUCGACCACUACACCUCCGUCACUCUGCGAACUCUGUGCAGCUCGAAAUUCGGUAAAUCGCCGUCCACCCUUUUGAAAUCUUCACUUCCAUCAUCAACCGCGUGCUGCGGGAGCGGGCCGUACAACGGGAACUUCAUUUGUGGAUGCGGCAAGAACGGGACGGCGAAGUACAAUCUGUGCGGCCACCCGAGCGAGUUCGUGUGGUUCGAUCCUGGUCGUCCGACCGAGAGCGCUAAUAGGCAACUGGCCAGUUUGCUCUGGAACGGGCCGGCCCGUGUCGUCGGGCCCUAUAACUUGAAGAUGUUCUUCAAUGGGUCUUCAUGA